GUGGUUUAAGGCUUCAAGAGCCAGGACAGGGGAAUUUUGGUGGCAGGUGGAGUAGAUAGUGACCAGUUCCCAGGCUAGGACUGAGUAACCUGGAUAUACUGCUGCUUGGACUCCAGUCUUCCCCAUAGACUUGUCUAGGUAGCACUACUAAGAGCCAGACUUAAGGCUAUGGAGCAAUUUCUUGCCUUUGGGGCCAAAGGUUUGGACUGCUGAAUAGCUAACUAAUCAAUAGCUGCAACAAUCCCAAAGGAGGAGUAGGUGCCAGGCAGGGGAUGCCCCCGGAGGGCUUGGAUCAGGCCACCAGCCUCAUCCCUUGGGUCCAGGCCCAGAUUAGCCUGUUCCCUCCCCUCCCUUACUCUGACUUGUCCCACUCUACCUGGAAGCAGUCCUUCACCAUGGCUGAGCAUCUAGAACUCCUGGCAGAGAUGCCCAUGGUGGGUAGAAUGGGCACCCAAGAACGGCUGAAGCAUGCACAGAAGAGGAGGGCCCACCAACUGAAGAAGUGGGCUCAGGCUGAGAAGGAGAUUCAAGGCAAGAAGGGCCGUAUGGAAAAGAAAUGUAAAACUACUGUUGGGAUCAAGGAGAAACGAGUACUCUUCCCCCCGAGUAUCACCUUGCUGGAAGCAGCAGCACGCAAUGAUCUAGAAGAAGGGUCAGAACAUCAGUCUCCAGAGUUUACCAAAAGAUUCAGAACUGGCUCCAACCUUUGGUCUCACCAGGCUGGCUUUGUCUACUUCUUGAACUGCUUCCCCCUGCCCUGCCUCCAGGAAUCAGCGAGCAGCUGUUCCCACUGGGGCAGGUGGAAGGAUGGGCAACUUGAACUAGCCACUCACUGGUUCCGCCCUGAGGCCUAUAAUGUGGAUGAAAUGGUGGAGCUUGUGAUGCCACCGAAGGGAGAACUUGGCAUUAGAGGGACAGAUGGGAGAACUGUCCCUUUCUCCUGCAGUGGUGCCAACCUUCUGGCCAUCAAUACAGAUGGGAACAUGCCUUAUGACUUGUGUGAGGAUGAGUUGACUCUGGACUCCAUUGAGACAGCUAUGGCUGAGCAAGGCAUCACUCAAGAGAGUAUUGAGGAGGCACGAGGAGUUCCAGAGCUGCACAUGGUAGAAGAUAUACGGACCCUGCUCCAGACUGGGGCUGACAUCAAUGCUCCCCAGGAUCAUGGUGCCACACUGUUGCACAUUGCCUCAGCCAAUGGCUACCUGGAGGCAGCUGAGCUGUUGCUGGAGCACAAAGCCAACUUGAGCGCCAAGGACCAGGAUGGUUGGGAGCCACUUCAUGCAGCAGCCUGCUGGGGCCAGGUGCAUCUAGUGGAACUGCUUGUGGCACAUGGAGCUGAUCUGAAUGGGAAGUCACUACUGGAUGAGACCCCUCUGGAUGUGUGUGGGGAUGAAGAAAUGCGGGCUAAGCUGCUAGAGCUCAAGCACAAGCAUGAAGCUAUCAUGCGCUCCCAUGACCGCCACCGGGGCUCAGGCUCCCUGCUACAACGACGAACCUCUAGUGCAGGCAGCCGAGGGAAAGUUGUACGAAGAGUGAGUGUGACAGAGCGCACCCACUUGUACCGUAAAGAACAUGCACGUGAGGCCAUUGUGUGGCAACAAGAGUCAUCCACUGCCCCUGAACCCCCAGAAGAGGAUGAAGAUAAGCAGACAGAUGCUGAGCUCCAACCACAGGCUGUGGAGAUAGACUCUGUGGCACUGAGACAUCGAAAUGGCAAUGUAGGGGCAGCCCCAGUGGCCCCUAGCAGGCAUCUGUAUUCCAAGAGGCUGGACCGAAGUGUCUCCUACCAGCUGACCACACAGGAACCACCUGUCCCUGGACCCCUCACUCGGGACAAGGCACACCAUACGCUGGCUGACCUCAAGCGCCAGAGGGCUGCUGCCAAGCUGCAGCGUCCUGUAGCUGAGGACCUUGGUUGGUCAGGGGGUGAGGGACUACCUUGUGCUGAAGCCCAGGACUCUGGACUCCCUCGAACACCAGUCUACUACACCUUAGCAAGUGGGGACCCUCCCCUGCUGAAGCUGACUGCCCCUGCUGAGGAGGCCCCAGCUGAGAAGAGGCCCUGCUGUGGGAUCAUGUGAAGUAGACAGGAGUCAUGGGGUCUUAGAGGCCAGCCGACCUUCUUCCCCUUUCCCUCUUCUAUUUCCCAGGGAGAGGGACUGGAGCUACUCUCCCCCAUUUCUCCAGUCGGGGUGUGAGGCACAGGGGAACAUACGGCCUCCGUCCUAGGCACCGUUGGGAAAGGCCUGGCUCACUUCAGCCCAACCCAGCCCAUUCUUUACUCCUACCCGGCAGUGGCAGGACUUCUAGCAAUGAGUGAGACUGGCCAAAAAAUGUGUCUGGGGACCCCAACUGCAGUCAGUCUUAUGUCUCCUGGACUUGAAGGUCCUGUUGUUAGGCCACUAUGCCUCUCCCACUUUGGGUCCUGGAGUAUGGAUAGACUGAGGUCCAGCUCAUCUCCUCACUCCUGCCCUGGGGGAGCCAGGGGAAUCCUCUUCCCUCACGUUCACCCUUGCCUUACCCUUGCCAACCCACUUCUUGGUAGCUUUGGAAAAGAGCAUCCAGAGUGGGGGGAGUGGCACUUGGGCCUUGGUAAGGAGAAGCCCUCACUUAGGCUCCUGUCUCAGGUUCAGACCCCUUUGGGGAUAGAUGCCCAUGAUUUGGGGCAAGGGAAUAGAGGAGUCCAUAUUUUUAUUCUGUGAAACUUGAUAAAAGAAUUUUCUGCCAA